GACAUCAUGCAGGGCCUCUCUGAGCCGGUCUCUGCGCUCCACAUCACAGCUCAGCUCCAGAAGAGGUUCGCCUACCUGCCAGGCGGUCGAUCGACCAAUGGGAACCCUCUCAUCGUUUUCCCAGAAUUCCCAGAGUUCAGCGAGUUGGAGGAGGAGGAGCUACAGAACGUCCUCAAAUACCUGACCAGCGUUCCAAGGGUGUCCGGCGGGGGGUUCGUCCUGCUGCUAGACAGACGUCUGGACCGAUGGGCCGCAGUGAAGAGCGCCCUGCACCGCAUAGCUGGCCUGUUCCCGGGGGGCCGUGUGGAGCUGGUCCUGGUGCUCCGCCCCUCCGCUCUGCUCCAGAGGACGCUGUCCGACUUCCUCUUCAAGGUCAACAGGGAUGACUUCAAGAUGAAGGUGGUGAUGCUAAGCUCUGUGACGGAGCUCCACGCCUACAUCGACCCCGCCCAGCUGACCACGGAGCUGGGAGGAGCCAGGGAGUACGACCACCAGACCUGGAUCUCCCACCGCACCGCGCUGGAGGCCUUCGCCCUGAUGGUGCGGACCACCGCCCAGACCCUCCAGGCCUUCGGCACCGAGCUGGCGGAGACGGAGCUCCCCAACGACGAGACCACCACCGGGGGGCUACUGGAGGACCACCGCACCGAGAAGGACCGCAUGAAGUCUCUGCUCCAGGUUGCUCUUCAUCAGGGCGGGGGUCUCCUCCUCCUCAUCAACGAGCCGCUGCAACGAGACGCCGACUACACCCUGAGCCCCGACGAGAAGGACGACCUGGACACCGUGCAGAGACUCCUGGGCCAGCUGGAUGAGACGGAGCGGGCGUUGGAGGAGUUCUGGGAGCGCCACCGCUCUAAGCUGGAGCAGUGCCUGCAGCUGCGCCGCUUUGAGACGCGCUUCAGGGAGGUGCGGGCCCAGCUGGACGCGUUGUGCGACCGGCUGUCUGAGUUCUCGGAGGUCAGCAUCAGCCCCGCCCACGCAGACCACGUGCUCCGCGAGCUGAUUGGCCACGAGGAGAAGGCCUACGAGGUGCUGGACCGCGCCCGCUCGCUGGCGGCGGACGGCGACGCCCUGAUCGCCGCCGGUCACUAUGGUGACGACUGCAUCCGGCCCAAGGGGGCAGAGCUGCGGGCAGCGGCAGAGGGCGUGGCCACGACGCUGCGGCGCAAGAGGGGCCUGCUGCUGAGGGCCCGGGAGCUGCACGCCCUACUGGAGACGGCCCUGCGGUGGUGCGAGGCGGGGGUCUUCCUGUUGGCGGGGCAGCCCGUGGACCGGGUCCAGACCCAGGAGGGGGCGCAGGCCGCGCUGGGGGAGCUGGAGCGCUACCUCGACACGGCGCCGCAGCACCUCCUGGGAGACCCCCCCGCCGCCGUCUGCGCCCGCUACGAGGCCGUGGUUACCGCCCAGCUCAGGGAGGAGGUACAGCUGGUGUACCAGAAGCAGGCGUCGGUGCAGGAGAUGUUCGAGAGGAGGAGGGUCAGCCUGAAGAAGCUGGCGGCCAGACAGCCCCGCCCCGUGCAGCCAGUGGCCCCCCGACCGGAGGUCAAGUCCCCGCUGACCUCCCCCGAUCUACGGCGCAAGGAGACGAGGCAUUCAGAGGAGAACACGCUGCUGACCGGACUGCUGAAGACUAGCUCACCGCUGCCUAGCGGUACCAGACACACCUCGCUGUCGGAGGAGGAGGAGAACCUGGCCGUCAGACGAAGCCACGUGAUGAACGAGCUCCUGGAGACGGAGCGUGCCUACGUGGAGGAGCUGCUGUGUGUGCUGGAGGGCUACGCGGCGGAGAUGGAGAACCCGGCAAUGGCCCACCUCCUGCCCAGGGGCCUGCUGCACAAGAAGGACGUCCUCUUCGGGAACAUGCCCCAGAUCUACAGCUUCCACAAAGGAACGUUUCUCAAGGAGUUGGAGGCCUACACGGACUGCCCUGAGAUGGUUGGACGCUGUUUUCUAGAGCGGAUGGGAGAGCUGAGGAUCUACGAGGCAUACUGUCAGAACAAGCCUCGCUCAGAGAGCCUCUGGAGACAGUGGUCUGACUGCGCCUUCUUCCAGGCGUGCCAGCGGCGGUUGGAGCACAAGCUGGGUCUGGACUCCUACCUGCUGAAACCGGUUCAGAGGAUCACCAAGUACCAGCUGCUGCUCAAGGAGCUGCUGAAGGUGAGCCGGGGGUCCGCUGGAGCUGAGGACCUACAGGAGGCCCUCAGCUCCAUCCUGGGCAUUCUGAAGGACGUCAACGACUCCAUGCACCUCAUCGCCAUCACCGGGUAUGAGGGUAACCUCUCUGAGCUGGGCCGGCUCCUGAUGCAGGGCUCCUUCAGCGUGUGGACGGAGCACAAGAAGGGCCACGCCAAGGUCAAGGACCUGGCCCGCUUCAAGCCCAUGCAGCGCCACCUCUUCCUCCACCCGCGGGCCCUGCUCUUCUGCAAGAGGCGGGAGGAGACCGGAGAGGGCUACGACAAGGCCCCAUCCUACAGCUUCAAGCACGCCCUGGAUAUGAGCGUGGUGGGGAUCACGGAGAACGCCAAAGGAGACCACAAGAAGUUUGAGAUCUGGUGCAACUCCAGAGAGGAGGUCUUCAUCGUCCAGGCUCCGUCCCCGGAGAUCAAGACCUGCUGGGUGAACGAGAUACGCAAGGUCCUCACAGAGCAGCUGCAGGCCUGCCGAGAUGCCAGCCAACAGAAGAGCUUUGACUCCCCCAGUCCAACCAGCAACAACAGCAGCAGUCCUUUCCGAAGUUGCAACCCGAAGAGCCAGAAAAAGGCGGAAGAGAAGAAGGUGGAGCCUAUCUUAACCUCCGACCCCACCCCCCCCUCGUCUGGCUCCUCCCCCAAACCCAGAGAUGAGCCGGUGUCCCCCUCCUCCACCCCCACCUCAGGCUGCAGGAAGAGGUUCAGUCUUCAGGGCUUCGGGAAGACCACCAAAGGAGCCCCAGUGAGUCCGGACCGGACCAGGAGCCAGUCUCUGAAGACAGAAGCCUCACCCUUUGGGUUCAGAGGGUGGGCCAAGGCCUCCCUCUCGGUGGACGCCUCGGAGGAGCAGGAGGAGGAGUUCUCCAGCGGGGAGGAGCCUGUGACCUCCGACCCCGAGGACGAGGACGGGAAAAAGCAGAGCCCCGCGACGCACACGGUGACGACAGACUGUGAGAGGGCGGGCCCACAAGAGCUGUCCGUCAAGGCCGGAGACCUGGUUCAGCUAAUCAGAGAAGGGGAGGCCGGACAAUGGUUUGUGAAGGACCUCCGCAGUGCGACGGAGGGGUGGGUGUCUUCAGCCAUCCUCCAGGCCCUGCCCUCCCAGUCCCUCACCAGCUCAGAUGGCAGUGUGUCGGGGAACCUCAGCACCUCCACCAGCUACAGCGAGAGCUACACCAGCUACUCCGACAUCCGACCCUGAGGCUCAGAGCCUCCACCCUCCUCCUCCUCCUCCUCCUCCUUCUCCUCCUCCUCC